AUGGCCGAAGGAAUGUUUAAGGCAUUGUUGUGGGGUUUUGCGGCCACGGUGUUGGCCAUGGCCGAAGCCACUCGUGGACAGCGUGUGCCUUGCUAUUUCGUUUUUGGAGACUCAGUCUUCGACAACGGUAACAACAAUGCAUUGAACACCUCGGCCAAAGUUACCUAUUCACCUUACGGUAUUGAUUAUGCUAGAGGUCCUACCGGACGGUUCAGCAAUGGUCGUAACAUUCCCGACUUUAUCGCUGAAUUAAUGAGAUUCAGUGAUCACGUUCCACCGUUCACCGGAGCAACGCCCGACAAAGCUCACACCGGAAUAAACUACGCUUCUGGUGGCGGAGGAAUUCGCAAAGAAACCAGCCAACAUUUGGGUGACAGAAUCAGUUUUCAACAACAAAUAUACAAUCACUGGAAGAUGGUUACGACCGCAAACGUGACACAGGAGAAGCUGAACAAAUGUCUAUACACAAUUAAUAUUGGAAGCAAUGAUUAUCUCAACAACUAUUUCAUGCCAGCUCCCUACAAUACCAAUCGCAAGUACACUUACGAUCUAUAUGCUGAUUCCCUCAUUAGUGAUUAUCGCACUUAUUUGAAGUCAUUGUACGCCCUAGGAGCAAGGAAGGUGGCAGUGUUUGGGGUCAGUAAGCUCGGGUGCACGCCGCGGAUGAUCGCUUCCCACGGUGGUGGAUAUGGCUGUGCCGCUGAAGUGAACAAAGCGGUUGAACCUUUCAAUAAGAAGCUCAAAGCUCUUGUCUGUGAGUUCAACAAAAACUCCGAUGCUAAGUUCACCUUUGUAGAUCUCUUCUCUGGCCAAAGUCCUCUUGCGUAUGCUGCCUUAGGAUUGACGGUAAUGGACAAGAGUUGUUGUACGGUAGAAGCAGGGCAAGAACUAUGUGCGGCGAAUAAACCGGUUUGUGCGUUUCGAAGACGAUAUGUGUACUGGGACAAUGUCCACAGCACUGAGGCGGCUAAUAUGGUUGUGGCUAAGGCUGCGUUUGCCGGAGUCCUUACUUUUCCUUACAGUAUUGCUUUGUUAUCAAAGUUAUAG